AUGCCGGUCCUGACGGCAGGAGCAGGGCUCCACGAGACCCUGGCUCUGCUGACCUCCCAGCUGCGGCCGGACGCCAACCACCAGGAGGACAUGGUCUUCCUCCAGAACGUCUUCAGCGAGAAGAGUCUGGGCUACCUCAUGAAGAUCCACGAGAAGCUCCGUCAGUACGAGAAGCAGAGCCCCGCCCCCGUCCUGCACAGCGCCGCCAACCUGGCCGAGGACGUGGUUGAAGAACUUCAAAGUGGACCAAUGAGCAGCGAGGAGAAGGAGCUCCUGCAUCUGCUGACGUCGCCACAUCUUAAGGCGGUUCUCUCGGUGCACGACACAGUGGCCCAGAAGAACUUCGACCCGGUGCUGCCCCCGAUGCCGGACGACUUUGAGGACGAGCUGGAGGAGGAGUCGGUGAAGAUAGUGCGGCUGGUGAAGAACAAGGAGCCCCUGGGAGCCACCAUCAGACGCGACGAUGCCACCGGCUCUGUAAUCGUGGCCCGCAUCAUGAGAGGGGGUGCUGCUGACCGCAGUGGCCUGGUCCACGUAGGAGACGAGCUCAGAGAGGUGAACGGGGUCUCCAUAAUCCACAAGAAGCCCGACGAGAUCAGCCAACUGCUGUCCCAGUCCCAGGGCUCCAUCACCCUGAAGAUAAUCCCCGCCAUUAAGGAGGAGGACCGUCUCAGAGAGAGCAAGGUGUACAUGAGGGCCCUGUUCGACUACAUCCCCCUGGAGGACAAGGCCACGCCCUGCCAGGAGGCGGGACUUCCCUUCAAGCGGGGGGACAUCCUGCAGGUGGUGACCCAGGACGACCCCACCUGGUGGCAGGCCAAGCGGGUCGGGGACAGCAACCUGCGGGCCGGCCUCAUCCCGUCCAAACACUUCCAGGAGAGACGACUGGCCUACAGGAUUAAAAUGGGCACACUCCCCAACGCAAAAUCUCCCCAAAAUCCUAUCUAUGACCAAGGAUGUGAUAAAGCUGGCCUCAGGAGGAGCUUCCGUCUGAGUCGGAAGGACCGACAGGGCUCGUCUGGCGAGGGGUCUGAGGCGGGAGACUCGGACUACCUGACCUACGAAGAGGUCUCACGCUACCAGCAGCGAGGCCAUGAGAGGCCCCGCCUGGUGGUGCUCAUAGGUUCCCUGGGAGCACGAAUCAACGAGCUGAAGCAGAAGGUGAUCGCAGAGAACCCGCAUCGCUACGCCGUGGCCGUCCCACACACGACCAGACCCAAGAAACCACAGGAGAAAGAAGGGGUUGAAUACCACUUUGUGGCCAAGCAGCAGUUUGAUGCCGACGUGUUGAACAACAAAUUUAUCGAGCACGGGGAAUACAAAGAGAACCAGUAUGGCACCAGUAUAGAGGCAAUCCGCUCAGUGCAGGCCAAGAACAAGAUGUGCUUGGUGGACGUUCAACCAGAGGCGCUGAGGAGGCUGCGCACAGCCGAAUUCAAACCCUACAUCAUCUUUGUCAAGCCGCGCGUUCCUGAGAGCAGAAGGCGCCGCGGCGCCGCCACCUCACCAGCAGGGGGCGAUCACGCCCGUAAUACAGACGAGGACCUGCAGGAGAUGCGGCAGUCGGCCAUCCAGAUCGACCAGCAGUACGGGCACCUGGUGGACCGGGUCCUAAUCAAGGAGGACUCGGCCAGUGCCUGCUCAGAACUCCGAGGGAUCCUGGAGCGGCUGGAGAGGGAGACGUUUUGGGUGCCGCUGGGCUGGGUGAGGACCUGA